UUCCGUCCCUCAGCCGUCCCCACCCCCACCCCUCACCUUCCCUCCCUCCAGCUAAGGGUUUCUGGCCAGCCGCGCGUCGAGCGGGAGUUGAGGAGGCAUGCAACCUUCUUUCUUCACAUCCAGGGAGAGAGAGAGAGAGGUACAGAUGUUAACAAGCAGCUGCCAGUCUUUGCACACUGCCUUCUCAUGAGGAAGUGAAUGCAGGCCUAAGGAGACUCUUUUCCUUGGAUUAGAAAAUAUCAGCCGCUGUCAUUCCUGAGAAUACACAGUUUUGUUCAGAAAACUGCUUGAAGAGUUGUCAAAUGACAUCAAUGGCCAGUCUGUUCUCUUUUACUAGCCCAGCUGUAAAGCGUCUGUUGGGCUGGAAACAAGGGGAUGAAGAAGAGAAAUGGGCAGAAAAAGCAGUGGAUGCUUUGGUAAAGAAACUGAAAAAGAAAAAAGGAGCCAUGGAGGAGCUGGAGAAAGCACUGAGCAGCCCUGGACAACCCAGUAAAUGUGUUACUAUUCCGCGUUCAUUAGAUGGGCGACUGCAGGUUUCUCAUCGCAAAGGCCUUCCCCAUGUUAUUUACUGUCGUGUGUGGCGAUGGCCUGACCUGCAGAGCCAUCAUGAACUGAAGCCUCUGGACAUUUGUGAAUUUCCUUUUGGAUCAAAGCAGAAGGAAGUCUGUAUCAAUCCCUAUCAUUACAAAAGGGUGGAGAGCCCAGGCUGCUACGGUGCACCCCACCAGAUUUUUCCUAACUGGGAAAUGCAGUGCAGUGCUUUGACAGUUUUGCCUCCAGUUCUGGUGCCAAGGCAUAGUGAAUUCAACCCACAGCAUAGCCUUUUGGUUCAGUUCAGAAACCUAAGUCACAAUGAGCCGCAUAUGCCACAUAAUGCAACUUUUCCAGACUCGUUCCAGCAACCCAACAACACUCCAUUUCCCAUUUCUCCAAAUAGUCCGUAUCCACCAUCUCCGGGCGGCAGUACUUAUCCAAAUUCCCCAGCUAGCUCUGGACCAUCUAGUCCAUUUCAGCUCCCAGCAGAUACACCACCACCUGCAUAUAUGCCUCCUGAAGAUCAAAUGGGGCAAGAUACUUCACAAUCUAUGGACACAAGCAAUAAUAUGAUCCCACAGAUAAUGCCAAAUAUUUCCAACAGAGAUGUUCACCCUGUGGCCUAUGAGGAACCCAAGCACUGGUGUUCAAUUGUAUAUUACGAAUUAAACAAUAGAGUUGGGGAGGCUUUUCAUGCAUCGUCUACUAGUAUCUUGGUAGAUGGAUUUACAGAUCCUUCUAACAACAAAAACAGAUUCUGUUUAGGGUUACUCUCCAACGUUAAUCGUAACUCAACAAUUGAAAACACCCGGAGACACAUUGGAAAAGGUGUUCAUCUCUACUAUGUUGGUGGGGAAGUCUAUGCCGAAUGCCUAAGUGACAGCAGCAUAUUUGUACAGAGUCGGAAUUGUAAUUACCAUCAUGGAUUUCAUCCUACAACUGUCUGCAAGAUACCAAGUGGCUGUAGCCUGAAAAUUUUUAAUAAUCAGGAAUUUGCUCAGCUUCUAGCUCAGUCAGUCAAUCAUGGCUUUGAGGCAGUAUAUGAGCUUACCAAAAUGUGUACAAUCCGGAUGAGUUUUGUAAAGGGAUGGGGAGCAGAAUAUCACCGUCAAGAUGUUACAAGCACCCCAUGCUGGAUAGAAAUACAUCUUCAUGGGCCAUUGCAGUGGCUGGAUAAAGUACUUACUCAAAUGGGUUCGCCUCUUAAUCCCAUCUCUUCUGUUUCAUAGUGCCAAAGUGUUUCCUCAACAACUAUAAUUUUAGUGACCAUUUUUUUAUUCUGCAAAGGCUUCCAGUGUGGAUACUGUGUAAGACCAUAUCACCUGUUAAUUAUCUUUUAUUGAUGACCCAUUCCAUUGUUUUUAUUACCAUUUUACCUAUCAUUUGAUGUUAAAAGAAACAGUCACAUUUGAGAGGAAAACUGAAAAAUCAAACUUAUUUCUUUUUGCUAGACAUAUUUGAACAUCUUUGACUGCACUGGAAGUAUUUUAACGUGUCUUCUAUGAACACACUUUUGAACUGACACUAGGAAAUGAAUAAGACUCGUUUGCUGAAUAUGCAUUAUUGCUGUUGUACAAUCAGGUUUUAAUGUUCCUGUAUAAUUUUCUGGAUGCUGAUAGUCCAUAAACUAGCUUUAUUACACCUGAACUUGCCUUAGCUUGAACGAUAAUGACAUUAGUACAUACAUGUUGGAAAACACUAGUUAUGAGAAGUGGUAUUAGAUUGUAUCCACUCUGUCAUAGCCAAGAGUAUUUUUAUCUUCAUUCUGAUCUACUAUAACAUUGGAGUGAACCUAACAUAUACAGUACUGUGUGCAUCUGCUCAGGGGUCUCCGAGACUUCAGUGUAACAUAACUCCCAAAUAUGAGUGCAUAGGAUUGCUUCCUUAAUCCUAGUUCUUUUCAGACAUUGACUGAAGGCACCCUCUCAUGUCUAAACUAGUCAGUAUUUUCUCUUGACUUAAUUAAUACUCAUGUUUUGGUGUUAUACUUUUUUUGAAGUAUAGCUCUUUAGACAAUCUAUAUAUAUAUUAAGAGUAAAACACUACAAUUUUGUAUAUAACAUUGAAAGAAAAUGCAUUGUGUUUAACUUUCCAUUUUAUUUUGCACCUCCAUAGCUGGUAUCCUGGAGGCUUCUUCAUUACUGUAUUAGGUUUUACUCUUUUGUACAUCACUUCUGUAACCACAAUGUUAUAAAUAUGUCUUCAAUAAGUAGUGCAAAA